UGGGGUUUUACCAUGUUAGCCAGGAUGGUCUCGAUCUUUUACCUCGUGAUCUGCCCGCCUUGGUCUCCAGAAGUGCUGGGAUUACAGGCGUGAGCCAUCGCGCCCAGCCUUUCCUGCGAUUAUUACAGUCAUCAAGAUUAACCUAGAGAUGGUGCAAAAUUUAAGCUUCCCCAAAAAUGUUCGCUAACCUUUCUCAUACUGUUAGACCAUUACAGGAUAUAAAUAGCAAAGUCAGCUGGAAUCGUAAUUAGAGGUUCGAUUUCUCUUGGGCUAGAGGUUUUUUCUGCCAUUCUGAUGAACGCUAAAGGAAGGGAGCAAGGUCGGCGGGGUUUGGCCGAGGGGCGGGGUGAGGACCGCGCAGGCUCAGCUCCUAGGCUGGAAGAGGAAGUCGUGAGUGCCGGUGUCUACGGCCACCAUGGUGACCAGAUCGACUUCCGCCCGACCCGCCCACCUCUACCUGCCCCCUCACCCCGCGAGAGGCACCAUGGCAACCAGACUUCUGCGUCCCGGAAGCAGGUCUCGCAGGUCGCUACGGUUGGGGGAAAAGCGGCGGACGCCGUCCCCAUCCUGAAGGGGACUCGAAAAUGUACAGCCAGCGGUUUGGCACCGUACAGCGGGAGGUUAAGGGCCCCACUCCCAAAGUGGUGAUCGUGGUAAGCACAGGAUGUGUGUGCUGGACCCUACAGCUUUCUCCAUCUCUGCGCAUCCCAGACCUGGCCGAGCCCAUCUCGGCUCCCGAACAGGGCUUUCUCGAGGGGAACAGGUGCCGCCUGAUGCGAGAGCCAAGACUCCUAAAGGCCAAAGGGCUGAGCAACAUCUAGAAAGAAUCCGACGCAGCCAUCAGAAGCAUAAUGCUAUUUUGGCUUCCAUUAAGUCAAAUGAGCGGGAUCGCUUGAAAGUUGAGUGGGACCAGCACCAUGACUGCAAGUUUUUGGACAACCUUGUGCGAGCAAGAAUCAAGGAUGCCGUGCAAGGGUUUAUCAUUAACAUUGAAGAAAGACGAAAUAAGCUACGUGAACUUUUAGCAUUAGAAGAAAAUGAGUAUUUUACAGAAAUGCAAUUGAAGAAAGAAACCAUUGAGGAGAAAAUAGAUAGGAUGAGAGAGAAAACUAAAUUACUAAAAGAGAAGAAUGAAAAAGAGAGGCAGGAUUUUGUAGCUGAAAAGCUAGACCAGCAAUUCAGGGAACACUGUCAGGAGCUCCGUGUUGAAUUGUUUUGUAUCCAUCAGAAGAAGGUGUGUGAGGAGCGGAAAGCACAGAUCGCAUUUAAUGAGGAGCUGAGGAGGCAAAAGCUGGUGGAAGAGCAGAUGUUCUCCAAACUCUGGGAGGAAGACCGAUUAGCCAAGGAAAAGCGAGAAGCCCAAGAGGAGAGGAGACAGAAAGAGCUGAUGGAGAAUACACGCCUGGGGCUGAAUGCCCAGAUCACCAGCAUCAAGGCACAAAGGAAGGCACUACAGCUGUUGAAGGAAGAGGAGGCGCGCCUUGUGGAAAGUAACAAUGCACAGAUUAAACAUGAGAAUGAACAGGAUAAACUAAAGAAACAGAAGGCAAAGCAGGAAACUAGGACCAUGUUGCAAAAGGCCCUACAAGAGAGGAUAGAACAUAUUCAGCAGGAAUACAGAGACGAACAAGACUUGAACAUGAAGCUUGUGCAAAGGGCCCUUCAAGACUUACAGGAAGAGGCAGAUAAAAAGAAACAAAAAAGAGAAGAUAUGAUAAGAGAACAGAAGAUAUAUCACAAGUAUUUGGCACAGAGACAUGAGGAAGAAAAAGCUCAGGAGAAAGAAUUCGAUAGAAUAUUAGAGGAAGACAAGGAAAAGAAGUUGGCUGAGAAGGACAAGGAGCUGAAGCUUGAAAAGGAGGCAAGGAAACAGCUUGUGGAUGAGGUCAUGUGUACCAGAAAACUUCAGGUUCAAGAAAAGUUGCAACGAGAAGCUAAAGAACAGGAAGAGCGUGCUAUGGAACAGAAACACAUACAUGCAGGUCAUAAAGAACUUCACUGUGAAGAGAAGGAGAAUUUUGCAAGACGCCAACGUUUAGCCCAGGAGUACAGGAAGCAACUUCAGAUGCAAAUUGCCUACCAGCAGCAGUCCCAAGAAGCAGAGAAGGAAGAGAAACGCCGAGAGUUUGAAGCAGGGAUAGCAGCAAACAAGAUCUGUUUGGACAAAAUCCAGGAGAUCCUGUCCACCCAUCAAGUGCUGCCUCAAAACAUUCAUCCCAUGCGGAAGGCAUGCCCCAGUGAGCUUCCACCAUAGUUCCAUGAGCAUUAAUACACCUUUUCUUGGUCUUUUAAUAUCCUUAACUACAGUAUGCUUGUAUGUUUCUUUUAACUCAUGGAUUAGCUGUUCUUUCUUUUUCCCUGAGUUUAUGUAAUUAAUUGAACAUAAUUAUCUUCCUUCAAGUAAACCAGUGCCUUUUUUGGAAUUCACAGGCUUGCAAAUCCAAAUGAUAUACUUCAUAUCAUGUUGUUAUUUUCCUGCCACCUUUGCCUCCUUUUUUUCUCACUUAUUUCUAGCUACAUUUGCUGACAUCUAUCUACUCAUAUGCCCAUUUCUUCUUCCUUCCUUUCUCUUCUCACUCAUGUACAUAAUUCAGUGUUAAGAGAGCAUUUUUGCAGGCAGAACUGGGAUUAACAGCCACUUUCAUUAACCCACCUAUUUAGUCAUUAAACAAAUAUUUUCAGAGUGCCUCCCAUGUGCCAGGCACUAUUCUAGAUCCUGAGACUACAGCAAAAACAAAACAUACCCCUUGGUCUUGUUGAGCUUACAUAUUAGUGGAGGGAAACAGGCAAUAGGUGUUAAAUGCCAUCAACCGCAAAUGGCACUUAACACCUAUUGCCUGGAAAUUGCGCUUAACUCAGAAGAUCCUCUAGCCCCUGCACCAGUUAGACAUUCAGAUGACUACAGCCCUGGCUGAUGACUUGACUGCAAUUUCAUUAAGAGACUCUGAGCCAGACCCCUCAGCCAAGCUAUGCCUGAUUCCCAACUCACAGAAAUUGAGGAAUAACAAAUGUUUAUUGUGUUUUAAGCUACUAGGUUUUGGGGUAUAUUAUUAGGCAGCAAUAAAAACUAAUACAGGGUUUUAUCUUGAGCAUGUGAGAGAGGUCAGAUUCUAUUUUAAAGGCAGAGCCAACUAGAUGUGCUGAUGGAUGUGUAUGUUGAGUGUAGGGUUUGAAAGAAAGUCAUAAAUAGAACUCCAAAUUUUUGGUCUGAGCAACAAACUAGUAAACUGCCCCUGUGGUGGGGGUUGACAUAUCUCUCAAGCUGUGAACCUGGAGAUGUUAGCCAAAUGAAGUCAAAGAAAUGAACAAGUUACUGGAUAAUUCUGGUCAGUAUUCUAUUUGGUAAUUCUACCUCUGCACUGCAAAAUGUUUUUCAUAUGUCAAAAUAUGUUUUGUAUUAUACAAGUUUUUGUGAAAAACAAAUCUGGAAAGGUCUGAAAUCUACAUCAUUUUCCUAAAGAGUCAUUAGACACAAUGAAAUAUUUUAAAAUUCUGGAAAACCGUAAAGUAAUGAAAUGUAGUUACCUUUGUUUAGUCCUCUGUUACUCAUACUUACUUAAUCCUGAAACACUUUUUAAAAAAAUUUAACCUAUUAACACCUUUUGGUAAAUGCUUGUCUUUCUUCUGCAUAUUCAUAAGAUUCAUUACAUCCUCUCAGUGGGAUAUUCAGAGAAGCUUUCUGCAGGAUAUUAUUUUCUCAAUAAAAUCAUGCUUAUUUC